AUGAUUGUUUUGUUGUGGCUAAAUGAGGUCUGUGAUGCGUAGAGUCACAACAAUGACAUCCUCCUUCUUCCUCCAAUCACCACCACUCCCAAUUUCUCACAAACCUCUUCUCUCUCCAAUUCCAAAACAAUACUGUCUCUCCUCUUUUCUUCCUUUACCCACACAGCGAUUUCUCACUGCUACCCACGGCUCUCGUCUACAGACUUUCUCUACCAAAUCAGAACCAAACAUGCAGGAUUCAGGAUCAGUGUCUUACCUUACGCAGCGUGAAGCCGCCGAGAUUGAUGAGACCUUGAUGGGUCCUCUCGGCUUUACCGUUGAUCAGCUCAUGGAAUUAGCUGGUCUUAGCGUCGCAACUUCAAUUGCUGAGGUUUAUAAACCGACAGAAUAUAGCCGUGUUCUCGCAAUCUGUGGUCCUGGAAACAAUGGUGGUGAUGGUCUUGUGGCGGCAAGGCAUCUUCACCACUUUGGAUAUAAACCGUCUAUCUGUUAUCCUAAACGUACAGACAAAUCACUUUAUACUGGACUGGUCACUCAGUUGGAGUCACUUUCAAUCCCUUUUGUUUCUGUCGAUGAUCUGCCGGAGGACUUGUCAAAGGACUUUGAUGUUAUCAUAGAUGCAAUUUUCGGGUUUUCGUUUCAUGGUGCUCCAAGGCCUCCGUUUGAUGACCUUAUCCGGAGAUUAGUGUCCUUGCAAAACUCUGAGAAAACGCUCCAAAAACACCCUGUCAUUGCCUCUGUGGAUAUCCCUUCUGGAUGGCACGUUGAAGAAGGAGACCAUGAAGGUGAAGGAAUUAAGCCUGAUAUGUUGGUAUCUUUGACUGCCCCAAAAUUAUGUGCGAAGAGAUUUUGUGGCCCUCAUCACUUUUUAGGUGGCAGAUUUGUACCACCUCAAGUUGCAGAAAAAUAUAAGCUCGAGCUUCCUAGUUACCCUGGGACAUCGAUGUGUGUUAGAAUUGGUAAACCUCCAAAAGUUGACAUAUCUGCUAUGAGAGUGAACUAUGUCUCUCCAGAACUGCUCGAGGACCAGGUUGAAAGUGAUCCUACUUUACAGUUCCGUAAGUGGUUUGAUGAAGCAGUUGCUGCUGGACUUAGAGAAACAAAUGCUAUGGCUUUGUCUACGACGAACAAGGACAGAAAACCAUCAUCAAGAAUGGUUUUACUAAAAGGCUUUGAUGAGAAUGGAUUUGUCUGGUUUACUAACUAUGAAAGCAAAAAGGGUAUUGAUUUAACAGAGAAUCCUUGUGCAGCACUUCUUUUUUACUGGGAAAGUUUGAACCGGCAGGUACGAAUUGAAGGACCAGUUGAGAGAAUAUCUGAGGCAGAAUCCGAGAAUUACUAUCAUAGUCGUCCUAGAGGAAGCCAGAUCGGAGCUAUUGUUAGCAAGCAGAGUUCUGUAGUACCUGGGAGGCAUGUUCUAUACGAUGAGUAUGAACAACUGACCAAAAAAUAUUCAGAUGGAAGUUUGAUACCAAAGCCGAAAAACUGGGGAGGAUUCAGACUUAAACCAAACCUGUUUGAGUUUUGGCAGGGACAACCAUCUCGUUUGCAUGACAGGCUACAGUAUUCUCUGCAUGACUUAAACGGGAAUCCUGCCUGGAGAAUUCAUAGAUUGGCCCCUUGAAUUGUACUCACCUACUUCUUCUCUUGAAGAAGAAGGCUAUUUGGGUUUCAUAUCAACCACUACACAGUGAGAAUAAGUUUUAAUAAGUAUAUACAGAUACAAAAUAUGUAUAUAUAGCCUUGUAGUGAUUUUAUUUCCAAAAUGUACGAGAAACAAACAGAUACGAGCAUUCUAUUUAAUUUUUCUUUAUGAUUGUUGUAGAUACAGAGAAUAUCAUUAUCAUAUCAAAUAAGGUUUCAAUUAUCAUU